AUGGCACAGCCACUUUCGCCCCUUGGCGAGGCUGCAAAUAGCCAGACUGCAAACAAUCAGUUUCGCGAUGGGGCUAGGAUACACCAGGGACACAACAAUACCACGUUAAAUUUCAAUCUGACCCACCGACCGACCCGAGCCGCCAUUCGUCUCAUCCCAUAUCCACGCAACGAGGAUCUUAUCCAUCGUCCGGAUCUCGUGGAUAAGCUCAAUACACUUCUGCCAUACCCAUCAGCAAUAUCCCACAGUGCUGCGCUCUGGGGUCUGGGCGGCUCUGGAAAAACACAAAUCGCACUCAACUAUGCAUACCAGCGGUGCGCUGACCCCAGUUGCUCUGUCUUAUGGGUGCACGCCGAUACCGAGGCAACAUUUUCCCAAGAUUAUAAAACAAUUGCGCGAAAGCUUCAAAUCAAUACAAGCCUGAGCGACCAAGAUCUCCUUGAGGCUGUGCGCAACGGUAUCGAGGCACUGCCCAACUGGGUACUUAUUGUCGACAACGCCGACGACUUAAAGUUAUUCGGCGUUGGGCAAACUUCUGAACAAAGAAAGUCUCUACUUCAGUACAUACCUCAGGCCUCGACCGGCACGGUGUUAUGGACCACUCGCGAUGCCCAUAUUACGGGAACGCUUGUAGGUCAUAGAAGCGGCAUUGAAGUUGCACAAAUGAGUUUUGCUGAGGCAAAACAGCUUUUGAUGACAUUCGAGAGCUUAAAAUCAAGCAGAGAAGAAGCCGAGAUUGAUUCUUUAGUGAAGGAGCUACAGUUACUUCCAUUGGCCAUUAUGCAAGCCGGAGUAUAUAUGCAUCGGACAUCAACAACACCUAAAGAGUACUUGUCUCUGCUAGCACAAAACAAGAAAAGAUGGAGUACACUAAAGAUCGACGAGUUUAACAGGCAUCGCAGGCCCAAUGUGCCCAAUAAUGUGCUUGAAACGUGGACCAUAUCGAUUACUCGCAUCAAACAAGAGAGCGAAACGACUUACAAAAUUAUUCAUGUCAUCGCAUACGUUAGCAACGAAAACAUUCCAAAUGAGAUGAUAACAACUGCACUCAGCCACAUUGACAAAAACCUUGUGAACAAUCCAGAGUUAUUAGAAGCUGAAGCUACAAAGGCCAUCACACGCCUGAAAGAAUUCUCUUUUAUUGGCAUACGUCAAGCGGAAGACGGCAGCAGAAACUACGAGAUGCAUAAACUCGUACAGGAGGCUAUCCGAUAUGGCCUGAGUAUGAGGAAGCCAAGCACUAUCACCGAAAUUGAUGUCUCCGACAGCAAUGACUCUACAGAGAAGAGACAGACGCAAAGAAGCCGGCACAAACUUUUACAAAAGUUAAAGAAUUUCGCGAAGCGCAAAUCUGUCGAAUUGAGAAUUGUUAGUGUCGAAGAAAGCGAGAAAUAUUUCUCGACGAUUGCUCUGCAAGCUACAUCCGAUCUUUUUCCUGAAUCACAACCAGAUACUUGGAAACAAUGUGAGAAGUAUUUAGCACAUGUAUUGCAAGUCGGAGAGUGGGCAGAUGCAAACGAGAAGCAGAUUGAGACGGCAGAGCUACUCUAUGAAGCAUCUUGUUUUCUCUAUGACCGCGGGCGGUGGAGUGAGCGUGAGCAUGUGGAUGAAAGGGUACUACAAUAUAGGCAGAAAACGUUAGGAGAUACCCAUCCAGAUACAAUCAACGCUAUAGCAUCCCUUGCUACAACAUAUCAUGAACAAGGCCGGUAUAGCGAGUCAGAGCCUCUUAAAAUUCAAGUACUAGAUGACCGACGAGAGAUUCUUGGAAACAGGCAUCCAGAUACCAUCCGAGCUAUAGCAAAUCUUGCUACAACAUAUUAUAAACAAGGCCGGUAUAGCGAGGCAGAGCGUCUUGAAGUUCAAGUACUAGAUGACCGACGAGAGAUUCUUGGAGACAGGCAUCCAGAUACAAGCCGAGCUAUAGCAAAUCUUGCAUCAACAUAUCAUGAACAAGGCCUGUAUAGCGAGGCAGAGCGUCUUAAUGUUCAAGUACUGGAUAACCAACGAGAGAUUCUUGGAGACAGGCAUCCAGAUACAAUUCAAGCUAUAGCAAAUCUUGCAUCAACAUAUCAUAAACAAGGCCGGCAUAGCGAGGCAGAGCGUCUUAGAGUUCAAGUGCUGGGUAGCCAACGGGAGAUUCUUGGAGACAGGCAUCCAGAUACAAUCCGAGCUAUAGCAAAUCUUGCAGCAACAUAUUAUGAACAAGGCCGAUAUAGCGAGGCAGAGCGUCUUAGAGUUCAAGUGCUGGGUAGCCAACGGGAGAUUCUUGGAGACAGGCAUCCAGAUACAAUCCGAGCUAUAGCAAAUCUUGCAGUAUCAUAUUAUAAACAAGGCCGGUAUAGCGAGGCAGAGCCUCUUGAAGUUCAAGUACUGGAUAGCCGACGAGAUAUUCUUGGAGACAAGCAUCCAGAUACAACCCAAAGUAUGCACAACCUUGCCUGGACUUGGUAUGAGAUGAGCCGCUUUGAGGAUGCAAUCGCGUUGAUGCAGCAGGCUUUAGACUAUCGCCGCUCUAUAUUAGGGCCAAAUCAUCCCGACACAAACUACUCUGCCGAGGAUCUUCAAUAUUUUAAAUUUUAUCCGAAACGCUAG